AUGGACGCCGAGUUCCAGACCACCUUUCAGCGCGUGGAGACUGCUCUGCAGCGCCUCACAGACUCGAUCGCGGCCUACAAUCCCUCGACCACUGCAGCAGAAGAGCUGGUAGAAGCAGACGCAGUCGUGGCAGAGCAGGUCGCGAAGUUAGUAAAGCACCAGCAGAACUACCGACGCAUCCAAGAGCUUCGAGAAACUGCAGACUCGCUCGAUGAGACCAUCAAGAACACCAUCCGGGUACUUGCCGACACGCGCAAAGAGAUCCAGUCAAUACCCACGAGCGAAACUACCGAGCCACGACGCGAAGUCAGAGUAGACGAGCUCUUAGCCUAUGCGAAGUUCAUUGCGCCAACAACAGUACCUCCUACAGUCGCCAAGUCUUUCGUGCCCAUACCAGAGGAUAAGAAAGAUACAGAAGCGCAAACUACGAACGGCAUAGCCACACCACCUCAAGUCAUCUCCCAGGAUGUCGACAACCCAGCCUACGUCAAAUCAGAAGGUCGCGAGAAGGGCAUUGAACAGAUGGCACAGGCAGACAAAAACUGGCUGCAACCCGUGAACUUCGCGUUCGAUUUCUGGCCAACCCCCGACCAAAUGAAGCACGGAGCGCUGGGCAGGAUACAGUACAUGAUCGAGCAGGGCAAAGAUCCCGCGAGCGUCCUUAGCGCGGAGGAUCAGGCGAAGGUCGAUAAGGAGAGGAAGGAGAGGGAAGACCGCGAGAGGGCUGAGGAGGAGGCGAGGGAGCGGAGAAACAGGGAGGAAUGGGGACAUGCUGCACCGAACAGGAGAGGGACGGUCGUCGAGCCUUUCAACCCCGACGACUUGUAG